CACGGACCGGAUAAGGUUUUGCGCAGUUCGAUUGUCAUGCCGUGGUAGCUAGUUUGUGUUGGAGUAUCAGGUACUCUUGAGUUUUUAAUUGACUGGUAUUGUCACCUUAGCAUAUUACCAUAGUUUUAGUAAUAGUUUACUUUUGCGUAAUUACUUUUUCCACAUGGUUAGCUAACGUUACGGCCAGUUUAACUUGACUUGCUAGUUAGCUGCAGUGCAGGGCUAGCUGUCGUCUGCAUUUGUCAGUCAUAAAAUACAGCUCGCCAAGUUUAGCUGGGUAGCUAUGUUUGCUUAACUUGUCAUGAAUUUUCCAUGGAUGUAUCUGGAAAUGUAUCGUUUAAUGAUAAUAGCUAUGGUUGUUGCUUUUCCUAAUGUGUUACUGCAACAUUGCAGUAGUAUUUUGUUGCUGACACAUGGAUUUCUAGCUAGCUAGCCAUAAUGUAUUAAGUAAAGCUACCACCCUUGUUCAAGCCAGCCAAAAGCCGAGACCAGUGUCAACUCUAACGUUAAGUGUUAAAGCAAGCAACUGUCUGCCACGUUAGAUAAUAAUGGUAGCUAACUUACCAACUAAUGUGAUGUUUAUUUCAGAGGGAGUUAUGGAGACUGAGACAACCCCAAAUAUUCCUACAGAAAGCCAUGGACAUGGGAUGAAUGGGACUGAUAAAGGCAGAGCUGCUAUUAAAACCCAGUAAGUGUGCUUCCCGUUGCUGCUUGGCUGGAAGAAAACGUCCCUCAGUGGAUACAAUUGGCUGCCCCAGACCAUCACCAGUCUGACAUGAGUACUGAUGGAACAGGGAUUAUAUUUAUAAUAUUAAUAGCCUAAUAAUGCUCCUUUUACUUGAUCUCCUUAUUAUUAUGAUCAUUAUAAUAUGUAAUGUCAUUAUCAUUAGUAGGCUUAGUAUAGCAGCCUUGUAUAAUCACAUUUACAUUUACAUCAUUUAGCAGAUGCUGUUAUCCAGAGCGACUUACAAUUUGGUGCAUUCAACUUAUGAUAGCCAGUGGGACAACCACUUUAUUUUUUUUAUGGGGGGAGGGGGGAUACUAUUCCAUCAAGGUGUAGGCCUAAGAGCACAUCCUGUUUUGUUUUAAUACUGUAACUUACUUAGGCCUACAUUUCAAUACUUAUAGGCUACUAUAUUAAUCAUUCAUUUGUUUGUGCCAUCACACAGCAUACGAGUCAUUCAUGAUUUGAAUUGCAAUCAAGCCUUUUAGUUUUAAAAUAAAAUAACAAAGCGACCUUUGAAUAAUUAGCGUAAACGAUGCAACUGUUUUUAGUCUUUGCUGGUACUCUUAUAAUUUAUUUAGUGUUUACAUUGUUCCAAACAAAUUAUAUUGUAAUCUAACAGCACCUGUUUGGCAUGCGGCACUUGCUCCUUACCUGAUCUCCAGUAUUUUCCACAACUAGUCAAAUUUAUUCCACACAUCUGACUUCCCCUUUACCUCCUGAGCAACCAAACAUUCCCCCGUUUUGAGUUUGUCACGUCAUCUGUAUCCAUUUUGCUGUGUUACGGUGUUCAGACAUUGUUAUAACCAAUUGAUUCAUGGGAUUAGGAUAUGCUAUAGUCAGGCUCUAUUUGCCUCAUGCAUGCUAUGCAUACGUGUGUCACGUAAAGAGAGCAAAGAUUGAAGGAAUAGGGAAUGUUUUUCCUAAAUAAAUGAGGGAUUUUGUUAAUCACUUUUCAUUAAGAAAUGGCUGUAAUUAUGUUGCAGCUUCAGCAACACGGACACCGCGAUAAACACUGUUGAUGUUCUGUGGUGGUAGCUGCAGCAGGGAGGAGAGGGAGACAAGACACUCGCUGUCAUUUUUUUUUAACACAAAGCAGCAAGUCUGAGCCCGGCCUAGCACAAUCAAAUCAAGUGCGGUCGGAUUCCCUCUAGUCAUCUGUGUGUGAUAAUUAUUUCAUCUAACAGUGUGCUUAAAGCAUCAUACAAGCUCAGUGCAUAUAUACUGAACAAAAAUAUAAACGCAACAAUUUCAAAGAUUUUACUGAGUAACAGUUACAGUGGGGAAAAAAAGUAUUUAGUUAGCCACCAAUUGUGCAAGUUCUCCCACUUAAAAAGAUGAGAGGCCUGUAAUUUUCAUCAUAGGUACACGUCAACUAUGACAGACAAAAUGAGAUUUUUUCUCCAGAAAAUCACAUUGUAGGAUUUUUAAUGAAUUUAUUUGCAAAUUAUGGUGGAAAAUAAGUAUUUGGUCAAUAACAAAAGUUUCUCAAUACUUUGUUAUAUACCCUUUGUUGGCAAUGACACAGGACAAACGUUUUCUGUAAGUUUUCACAAGGUUUUCACACACUGUUGCUGGUAUUUUGGCCCAUUCCUCCAUGCAGAUCUCCUCUAGAGCAGUGAUGUUUUGGGGCUGUCGCUGGGCAACACGGACUUUCAACAACCUCCACAGAUUUUCUAUGGGGUUGAGAUCUGGAGACUGGCUAGGCCACUCCAGGACCUUGAAAUGCUUCUUACGAAGCCACUCCUUCGUUGCCCAGGCGGUGUGUUUGGGAUCAUUGUCAUGCUGAAAGACCCAGCCACGUUUAAUCUUCAAUGUCCUUGCUGAUGGAAGGAGGUUUUCACUCAAAAUCUCACUAUACAUGGCCCCAUUCAUUCUUUCCUUUACACGGAUCAGUCGUCCUGGUCCCUUUGCAGAAAAACAGCCCCAAAGCAUGAUGUUUCCACCCCCAUGCUUCACAGUAGGUAUGGUGUUCUUUGGAUGCAACUCAGCAUUCUUUGUCCUCCAAACACGACGAGUUGAGUUUUUACCAAAAAGUUAUAUUUUGGUUUCAUCUGACCAUAUGACAUUCUCCCAAUCCUCUUCUGGAUCAUCCAAAUGUACUCUAGCAAACUUUAGACGGGCCUGGACAUGUACUGGCUUAAGCAGGGGGACACAUCUGGCACUGCAGGAUUUGAGUCCCUGGCGGCGUAGUGUGUUACUGAUGGUAGGCUUUGUUACUUUGGUCCCAGCUCUCUGCAGGUCAUUCACUAGGUCCCCUCGUGUGGUUCUGGGAUUUUUGCUCACCGUUCUUGUGAUCAUUUUGACCCCACGGGGUGAGAUCUUGCGUGGAGCCCCAGAUCGAGGGAGAUUAUCAAUCUUGUAUGUCUUCCAUUUCCUAAUAAUUACUCCCACAGUUGAUUUCUUCAAACCAAGCUACUUACCUAUUGCAGAUUCAGUCUUCCCAGCCUGGUGCAGGUCUACAAUUUUGUUUCUGGUGUCCUUUGACAGCUCGUUGGUCUUGGCCAUAGUGGAGUUUGGAGUGUGACUGUUUGAGGUUGUGGACAGGUGUCUUUUAUACUGAUAACAAGUUCAAACAGGUGCCAUUAAUACAGGUAACGAGUGGAGGACAGAGGAGCCUCUUAAAGAAGAAGUUACAGGUCUGUGAGAGCCAGAAAUCUUGCUUUUUUGUAGGUGACCAAAUACUUAUUUUCCACCAUACUUUGCAAAUAAAUUCAUUAAAAAUCCUACAAUGUGAAUUUCUGGAUUUGUUUCUUCUCAAUUUGUCUGUCAUAGUUGACGUGUACCUAUGAUGAAAAUGACAGGCCUCUCUCAUCUUUUUAAUUGGGAGAACUUGCACAAUUGGUGGCUGACUAAAUACUUUCUUCCCCCACUGUAUUUCAAUCUAGAAUACAACGCAGUUCAUUAAAAGUUGGACUAACACCUUACAUGUUGCGUUUAUAUUUUUGCUCAGUAUAGUUGAUUUGAUUAAAACAGAUAUGAUGUGUCUAUAUAUAGAAAAAUACAUGUUUAAAGAUUUCUACCAAUCGAUUGGACUCUCGGCCGACCAAUAUAUUUUUUUGUCGGGGACAGCCCUAAUCUUAACGUAUUCGGCCUACCUGUUGAAUUGUCUCAAUUAUAUAUCAAUGUGAUCAGCAUUCUCUGUUUUCAGGUUUCUCACAACCAAAGAAAAGUUCCAUGAGUUACUGGACUCUGGAGGGAAGGAUCCUAACGGUGACAAGGCCAUCGACGAUGCAGGACCAAAAGAGAUGGCAGAGGACUCUCUGGAAGAGCCUCAAGAGAAAAAAUGUAAAGUAGACCCGGAUGAGCAGGAGAGGACGGGGAAACAGGACAGCAAGCGAAUGCGAGGACAGAACAAGUCCAGACCGCACAUGAAACCCACGAGCUACGACAACAGACGACUGUGUCCUUCCAUCAUUCAGGUAGGACUGUCACUUUAGCGGCUAGAUGAAAGGGCCAACUACUUUUCAUGCAACCUGGGACUCCCCGCAAGUCAUUUCAAUUGUGUUUUUCCUUUACCUAUCAGGAGCAUGGUCAAUUGAGUUUGCUGUAGACCUAAUUGUUAAUCAACACCAAAUAGUGUUUUUUAUAUUUUCUCAUUGAACUCCCCCAGGAGCGCGAGACCAAAUGUGUUUACGGCGACAAAUGCAAGUUCUUCCAUGACGUUGCUGAGUACAUGGCCUCCAAGCCCGCCGACGUUGGAGAGCACUGCUACCUCUACGACACCUUCGGGAAGUGCCGCUACGGCCUGAGCUGCCGGUUUGCCCGGGCCCACACGAGCGCUGACCUCAAAAACCUAGUGAACGAGGACUGCGUGAAAGCCAUGGAGGGGAGAACGCCAGUGAGGAAUAGCCUGGACAAGGACCUGCAGUGGCGCCUCCGCAAGAAGGUGGUCCCCUUUACAGCGUCUGAAGCCUACAUGAAGACCAUUUUCAAAGGCGGACACAAAGCAGGAGAGGGCUGGAAAAAAGCUGCAGCAGUAGAGAACGGUAAGGCUCGGUGGGUCUGCCAUUUUGUGGAAGCGAUAUGUCACCUGGGUUAUAUUCAUUAGUCAUACACCGUAGCAAAAUGUUUUGCACUGUAGAAAAAUGUUUUGCAACGAAAACAAGAGUUUCUAUUGGACAAAUUCAGGUAGGUCCCUCUACGUUUGCUUCUGUUUGGUUAUGUUUGGUUCCUAGUAAAUACACUCCUGGUGGUUUUGCGAUGUAUCACCGGCUGAUAUUCGCAGGAAUUUCACUGUUUUUAGUUGCAGAAUUGGCCAUAUAUAUUUGUUUGGUCAGUUUUCUUUCUGUACCACUCUCAAUGCCAAACCCCAUUUCAAGUAGCUUUACAGUUUGUAAAGACUUAUCAGGUGUAGAGAUGGUGUUAGAAUAAGUUAAAUGGAUUAAUUAAUUUAUUAAAUAUUUAUAAUUUGAUUUUCACGCUAAUCAGGUGUUGAUGAUAAUUCUCUGAAAGUUCAAAGUUUUAUCUCCCUUAGCUGAUAACUGUUGCUCAGCGGCGGUCCACUCUCAGUGUUCUGAAGGGAAGAAACCACAAACAGACAACCAGGGAACUGAGGUACAGUAGCAACACUAUUACACUACAACUACUACUACAUUUAUCACAAAGUGCUUAACAGCGACCUGGGCCUUAAUCUUCAAAGAGCAAGUAGAGUUGACAGUGGCAAGGAAAAAACUGCCUGGCUGGGAAAUAUAAUAAAUAGAUCUGUGCUAUUUGGGAAGCCCUUCCCGUGGCUGGUAAUUUACUGUAUGGUGUCUAGAAGGGUUUUCCUCAACAAGUUGUUUACUUUUUGGAAAAUUGCAGGUUAGCCAGGAGAACCUGGCUCUAGUGAAAACCAUUGGGCCGUUGACUGAUGCUGAUGUUAUAAAGCUACGACAAUGUGAAAAGAAGCAGGUAUGUUUGAGCCGCUUGACUUAAACACAGUGCAAGGUAUUUUGUCUUGCAUGUCGUGGAUCUCAGUGGCACUUUGUAUAUUAGGCUCAUUUAGAUAUUAACAGCCCAUUUUAAUAUUAAGAAGUUGUAUAAACCAAAUAGUAACGUUAUGUUUUUAUUCUUCCUAAAGGUGGACUUCAAAGACAAGCUGUAUCUUGCUCCCUUAACAACGGUAAGUCGGUCCUUGGAACGGAAUUGGCCACUUUCCCAGGCUGAUUAAUCCUACUCCUGGACUAAAACCCAUGCUCAACUGAAAAUCUCUUUUAAUAGGGUUUUUUAGUCCAGGAAUAAGCUUGUUCUGGGUCCGGGAAAGCGACCCAAUGUGCACAGACUAAUGGCUUGAUAUUUCAUAUUUCAUAUUCCAAACAGGACCACAAUGAAAAUAAGUGACUUUGUUUCAUAUAAUCUAUGAUUUUUAAUGUGUGUGUUGUUUUCUGCAUUAUGUAUUUUAGAAUGAUCUAAUAAAAUUCAUUCCUCUCAGUGUGGAAACCUGCCUUUCCGUCGUAUAUGCAAACGCUUCGGCGCCGACAUUACGUGUGGAGAGAUGGCCAUGUGUACCAACCUGCUGCAGGGCCAGUCAUCCGAAUGGGCGCUCCUCAAGAGACACGAGAGCGAGGACCUUUUCGGUGUGCAGGUUAGACCAGGCUGAAAGUGAUAGAUAUAUAUUUCUUUAAGGAGACCGGAUAACCAACGAUUAUCUACAUCUGAAUACUUACUUUAGCCCAUUGCUCCCCACGGAGCAUAGGCCAUCGAUAACUCCUCUCCAUUGAACUCUGUUCUGGGCAGUGUGCUUGAGCUUGUUCCACCCCAUGACGGUUUUAAAAGUGAUAGUAGAAGUGGUAGUAGAUCACUCAAGUUUGUCAGACAUUUCUUGACUUUAGUCUAUGUCCCUCGUUUGUGUAGAUCUAGAUGUUUGCCUCAAUCACAAAUUAAUGGGAAAGUUGGGCAUUAUCUUAGUCCAUCAAUUCAGAUCUAACCUCCAGGUAAUUUGAGCCCAAAGUAAAGGUCUUUGAAACUGUUUAAUUUUAAAGGUAGAAUCCUUAAUUGAAGCGAUAACAAAGCAUCACCCCACCUAUGUUUUGGUAAAAUGCUGAGGGAUGGGCCUGGAGAAAUGUAACCACUCUCAAAUGCAUAGAUGGAGCUAUGGAUGCAAGCACUGACCAACCAUGAUGUCAAAAUUAUUAUAAAAUAAUACAAUUAUAGUUUUAACUAUGUCUUGAUACAGUGUUUGUUUACAUGGUUUACAAACAUUGGAGUAAAACAAGCUUAUAUUUUGGGUUCUGAUGUGGUACGACAGUUGAACUAAGCUCAUGAGGUCUUUACAACUUUUAUAUAGCAACUAAGGAUUCUAGCUUUAAGGCCUUGGUCCUAACUAAAAGUCUGGUAAUUUACAAUUUUAGGUGGAGGGAUGCUUUCCUGACACGAUGACCAGAUGUGCAGAGCUACUCAACAACAAAAUCGACGUGGACUUUGUGGACAUCAACUCGGGGUGUCCCAUUGACCUUGUAUACAAGAAGGUAUAAUCUUCUGAAUCUUCUGGACAUUCUCCAUUGAGCUUGCUUUUUAGUCCAGGAUUUGUGUUAAUGUGUCUGGGAAACCGGCCCUCUAAAACAGAUGAUCAAUAUGAUCUUCCUUUCCCUUUCUUUAGGGCGGAGGUUGUGGGCUGAUGACGCGCACCAACAAGUUUGAGCAAAUCAUCAGAGGAAUGAACUCUGUAAGUGAUGCUUCUAUGUAGUAAAAUUCCUUAUUUGCUCAGCUAUGGUAUUGGAGAUGUUACACUACAUGCAGGCUCAAUCAAACGCUCAAAUCAUUUGAACGAAAACAAAUAUUACUUGAACUCAGAUCUGGUAUGUAAAGGGACUUUGUUGUUUUUUUCCUCAGGUUCUGGAUGUCCCUUUGACUGUCAAGAUUCGUACCGGCGUUCAGGAGAAGGCCAACAUCGCACAUAAACUCAUCCCAGAGAUGAAGAGGUGGGGGGUGUCCAUGAUCACGGUACGUGUGUCAGAAUGUAAUGCUGAAUCCUAAAUCGAUCUAGCCUAAGUAAACUGUUCUGUAUUGUUGGGGUGUUGGUGGUGUCACAGGCAGGGAUGUGUAGCAUAAGAGUAAUUUCAAAUCUCUAUGCAGUUGCAUGGCAGGUCCAGGGAACAGCGCUAUACCAAGUCAGCUGACUGGGACUACAUCAAUACCUGCUCCCAACUCGCCAGCCCCAUCCCACUCUUUGGUAAGUUCGAUUUUGAGAGUUUAUUAGUCACAUGCACAGGGUUGCAGAUGUAAUAGCAAGGUAGAGUGCAAUUCUUAAGCUCUGAGCUCCAACAGUGCAGGUCAAAAGGAAGUGAAUGAAACAAUAAAAACUAAAAUAAUAUUAUACCAUGGCGUUGUUGAAUACUUGUUUCUGAUUGGCUUCAAGGGCAUUCUAGAGCAUGCAUUAUUUCUCUAUAACGCACAGUAUAUUUGCACGGUAGAAUUCAAUGGCUAUAGUUCUUACAUAUUCUAUGUUUGAGAUGCUUUUGAAAGAAAAGGUCUAAUUGAAAACAUUGGCAUUGUUGAAUUCGAUUUUCGUAAUGGCAAGCUAGGACUUGGUUGGCUGUUUGUUUGGUUACCAAGGCAACUACUGUCGCUAUCUAGUAAACUUGCUAGCUACUUGAGUGGAUGUUGAACACAUUUCUACCUGCAAAUUAACACAUUUCUAGCUGUAAAUUAGUUAAAUUAUAGCAAUGGUAUGAAAGGGUUAUAAUCAACUCGGGGCUCUAUGCAUUCUCUGGAAGGUUAGUUCCACUCCGCUAGGACACACCUUCCACGUCAUUCAUUAUUUUCCAGAGAACACAUAUCCCCUCGUUGAUUGUCCCUUACAUAAUAUAUACAGUUGAAGUUGGAGGUACAGUUGAAGUCGGAGGUUUACAUAUACCUUAGCCAAAUACAUUUAAACUCAGUUUUUCACAAUUCCUGACAUUUAAUCCUAGUAAAAAUUCCCUGUCUUAGGUCAGUUAGGAUCACAACUUUAUUUUAAGAAUGUGAAAUGUCAGAAUAAUAGUAGAGAUUUAUUUCAGCUUUUAUUUCUUUCAUCAUAUUCCCAGUGGGUCAGAAGUUUACAUACACUAAAUUAGUAUUUGGUAGCAUUGCCUUUAAAUUAUUUAACUUGGGUCAAACGUUUCGGGUAGCCUUCCACAUGCUUCACAGUUGGGAAGGUGUUCUUCGGCUUGCAAACGUUAUCCUUUGUCCUCCAAACAUAAUGAUGGUCAUUAUGGCCAAACAGUUCUAUUUUUGUUUCAUCAGACCAGAGGACAUUUUUCCAAAAGGUACGAUCUUUGUCCCCAUGUGCAGUUGUAAACCGUAGUCUGGCUUUUUUAUGGCGGUUUUGGAGCAGUGGCUUCUUCCUUGCUGAGCGGCCUUUCAGGUUAUGUCGAUAUACAGUGGGGAGAACAAGUGUUUGAUACACUGCCGAUUUUGCAGGUUUUCUUACUUACAAAGCAUGUAGAGGUCUGUAAUUUUUAUCAUAGGUACACUUCAACUGUGAGAGACGGAAUCUAAAACAAAAGUCCAGAAAAUCACAUUGUAUGAUUUUUAAGUAAUUAAUUUGCAUUUUAUUGCAUGACAUAAGUAUUUGAUCACCUACCAACCAGUAAGAAUUCCGGCUCUCACAGGCCUGUUAGUUUUUCUUUAAGAAGCCCUCCUGUUCUCCACUCAUUACCUGUAUUAACUGCACCUGUUUGAACUCGUUACCUGUAUAAAAGACACCUGUCCACACACUCAAUCAAACAGACUCCAACCUCUCCACAAUGGCCAAGACCAGAGAGCUGUGUAAGGACAUCAGGGAUAAAAUUGUAGACCUGCACAAGGCUGGGAUGGGCUACAGGACAAUAGGCAAGCAGCUUGGUGAGAAGGCAACAACUGUUGGCGCAAUUAUUAGAAAAUGGAAGAAGUUCAAGAUGACGGUCAAACACCCUCGGUCUGGGGCUCCAUGCAAGAUCUCACCUCGUGGGGCAUCAAUGAUCAUGAGGAAGGUGAGGGAUCAGCCCAGAACUACACUGCAGGACCUGGUCAAUGACCUGAAGAGAGCUGGGACCACAGUCUCAAAGAAAACUAUUAGUAACACACUACGCCAUCAUGGAUUAAAAUCCUGCAGCGCACGCAAGGUCCCCCUGCUCAUGCCAGCGCAUGUCCAGGCCCAUCUGAAGUUUGCCAAUGACCAUCUGGAUGAUCCAGAGGAUGAAUGGGAGAAGGUCAUGUGGUCUGAUGAGACAAAAAUAGAGCUUUUUGGUCUAAACUCAACUCGCUGUGUUUGGAGGAAGAAGAAGGAUGAGUACAACCCCAAGAACACCAUCCCAACGGUGAAGCAUGGAGAUGGAAACAUCAUUCUUUGGGGAUGCUUUUCUGCAAAGGGGACAGGACGACUGCACCGUAUUGAGGGGAGGAUGGAUGGGGCCAUGUAUCGCGAGAUCUUGGCCAACAACCUCCUUCCCUCAGUAAGAGCAUUGAAGAUGGGUCGUGGCUGGGUCUUCCAGCAUGACAACGACCCGAAACACACAGCCAGGGCAACUAAGGAGUGGCUCCGUAAAAAGCAUCUCAAGGUCCUGGAGUGGCCUAGCCAGUCUCCAGACCUGAACCCAAUAGAAAAUCUUUGGAGGGAGCUGAAAGUCCGUAUUGCCCAGCGAUAGCCCCAAAACCUGAAGGAUCUGGAGAAGGUCUGAAUGGAGGAGUGGGCCAAAAUCCCUGCUGCAGUGUGUGCAAACCUGGUCAAGACCUACAGGAAACGUAUGAUCUCUGUAAUUGCAAACAAAGGUUUCUGUACCAAAUAUUAAGUUCUCCUUUUCUGAUGUAUCAAAUACUUAUGUCAUGCAAUAAAAUGCAAAUUAAUUACUUAAAAAUCAUACAAUGUGAUUUUCUGGAUUUUUGUUUUAGAUUCCGUCUCUCACAGUUGAAGUGUACCUAUGAUAAAAAUUGCAGACCUCUACAUGCUUUGUAAGUAGGAAAACCUGCAAAAUCGGCAGUGUAUCAAAUACUUGUUCUCCCCACUGUAGGACUCGUUUUACUGUGUAUAUAGAUACUUUUGUACCUGUUUCCUCCAGCAUCUUCACAAGGUCCUUCGCUGUUGUUCUGGGAUUGAUUUGCACUUUUUGCACCAAAGUACGUUCAUCUCCAGGAGACCGAAUGCGUCUCCUUCCUGAGCAGUAUGACAGCUGCGUGGUUCCAUGGUGUUUAUACUUACGUACUAUUGUUUGUACAGAUGAACGUGGUACCUUCAGGCGUUUGGAAAUUGUUCCCAAGGAUGAGCCAUACUUGUGGAGGUCUACACAUUUUCUUUCUGUGGUCUUGGCUGAUUUAUUUUGAUUUUCCCAUGAUGUCAAGCAAAGAGGCACUGAGUUUGAAGGUAGGCCUUGAAAUACAUCCACAGGUACACCUCCAAUUGACUCAAAUGAUGUCAAUUAGCCUAUCAGAAGCUUCUAAAGCCAUGACAUCAUUUUCUGGAAUUUUCCAAGCUGUUUAAAGGCACAGCCAACUUGAUGUAUGUAAACUUCUGACCCACUGGAAUUGUGAUAUAGUGAAUUAUAAGUGAAAUAAUCUGUCUGUAAACAAUUGUUGGAAAAAUUACUUGUCAUGCACAAAGUAGAUGUCCUAACCGACUUGCCAAAACUAUAGUUUGUUAACAAGAAAUUUGUGGAGUGGUUGAAAAACAAGUUUUAAUGACUCCAACCUAAGUGUAUGUAAACGUCUGACUUCAACUGUACAUAUUGACAACUGUAACAUAAUAAUUGACCAUUCUUCAGUUUCCUGGCAAGGCUGCCAUCAAUCCAUGGUUUUUGAUUCAGGUAAGUUGUGAAAGACCCCAUCGCUAUCACAUCAUCAAAUUAUUUUAUGAAUCCGGUGACUUAGCGUAUUUAUUAAUUUUAUCCUCAGAGGCGAUCUGGAACAAGUGAUCAAAACAGUCUUGGAGCAUGGAUUUUGAUUGGUCGGACCAGCGUUGUACAGACCUGACCACUGGAACAUCCCUCUUGAAUAUUUUAAUGUAGGCGGGGAGGAGCAAAAUGGAGUCGUGGUCAGAUUUGAGGAUGGAAUGGAGCCUUAUACCCGUGUCGAAAAGGCGUAUAGCAGUGGUCAAGCGUGGAAUUUGCGCGAGUUGGACCGUCAAUGUGUUGAUAAUUCGGGAGCACGGACCUCAAAUUACUUUUGUUCAAAUCCCCUGCGACAAUAAACGCUGCCUAAGGGUAUGCGGUCUCCAGCUUGUUCAGGGUCCAAUGAAGAUCUUUGAGAUACAUUUUGGUGUCUGCUUGGGGCGGGACGUACACAGCCAUGGCAAUAAUCCCUGGGAACUCUCUCGGAAGCUAAAAAGGGCGAUAUUUGAUGACCAUUUUUUCCAAGUCAGGAGAACAGAAGCUCGCAACUUCCUGUACGUUUUCCCCGUGGAACCACUUGUUAUUGGUCAUGAAGCAGAGCCCUCUGCCUUUGUUCUUGCCAGAGAGAGCCCGCUUCCUAUCCGCUCGAUGAACUGUAAAACCCACUGGUUGUAUAUAAUCAGUUUGUAUGUCUCAGUAAAACAGAGUAUGUUGCAGAAUUUGAUGGCCCUCUGGAAGGAGAUCCUCGCUCUGAGUUCACCAAGUUUAUUAAUUAAUGAUUGAACAUUGGCAGAGCCCUCCGCCUUGUGAGAUUGAGAUGCCACGCGACCCGUCCUCCAUUACCGAGCAUACUACUUGCCAAUGUUCAAUCAUUAAUGAAUAAACUUAGUGAACUCAGAGCGAGGAUCUCCUUCCAGAGGGACAUCAGAUUCUGCAAUACUCUGUUUUACUGAGACUUUGCUUUCCUCCGACAUACAAACUGAUUAUAUACAACCAGUGGGUUUUACAGUUCAUUGAGCAGAUAGGAAGGGGCGCUCUCUGUCAAUAACUAAGGCAGAGGGCUCUGUGUGUGUUCAUGCGUGCAUGUUUGUUUCUUUCUGUGUGUUUAGUGUGUGAGUGCACCUGAUAAACCUAAUAUCUCUUCUAUGCAGGUAAUGGAGACAUUUUGUCUUAUGAUGACGCCAUGAAGGCUAGAGAGACUGAAGUUUCGGGUAUUAUGCUGGCAAGGUUGGUAUCUUAAUGGAAAAGAAUAGACAUGCUUUGGAUUUCACACAAUUUGACUGAUCAGAGUAGUGCGCUCUGAUAGGAUGAGUGGAUACCGUAUAGCUUACUUUUAUCCAAUCCUUUCAGAUCUACAGAAGUGCAUAGGGAGGCUUGAUGAAGGGCUAUGGGUUGAUUUGUGAUGGGACGCACGUCCAAUUCAGUCCCUUAACUCAGUGUUUCUCAAACCUCUCCUCUGGGACCCCCCAGACGUGUCACAAUGUUGUUGUAGCCCUGAACUAACUCACCUGAUUCACCUAGUCAAGGGCUUGAUGAUUAGUUGACCAUUUGAAUCAGGUGUGCUAGCUGUGGAAUAGUUAAAAUACAUGGAACAGCUGGGGGUCCCCGAGGAGGUUUCGACUCCAGCUCUGGUUGUAAUACUUUUUCUCUCGGGCAGGGGUGCCCUCAUCAAGCCCUGGGUUUUCACAGAGAUCAAGGAGAGGCGGGACUGGGACAUCUCGUCCAGCGAGCGGCUGGAUGUCCUCAGGGACUUCACCCACUACGGCUUGGAGCACUGGGGCUCAGACACCCAAGGCCUGGAGAAGACCAGGAACUUCUUGCUGGAAUGGCUGUCCUUCAUGUGCAGGUGGGUACUCGUAUAUGCACGAGGUAUCAGGUGGUAUUCACACUGUAAUAAUGCUUAGAAACAUAUAAUAAUAGUUGUUUUAGGGCAUUAAAGGUUGAUCAAUAGUUUGGUAGGUGAAGACAAACAAACAAGAGAACCGGUGUGGUAGAAAUAUAUUUAACUCAAAAGUAUCUCUAAAAACAAACGGAGCUUGUGAAUUCAGAAUAGACUUGAUUAAAGCGAAACAAAGCCGAGCUGGUCCAUGGAGCAACUGCCUGCCCUGACUCGGAGCUCUCCUUUUAUACAGACACAAUGCAUAGUCAUGCUUAUACAACCUACACAGUUACUUCAUUAUAUGUACAUGAUUAACAUACUUCGGUGUCACAUGUUGUUUACUCACGAGGGCUACGUGCGCUUCUCUAAAUGGGGCCUCUGUCACUUAUCUCAUUAUUUUGGUGGCGUGUCUCAAGAAAUUAUAUACAUACAUACGUUAAAGAACAAUCACACUCUGUAUUGACUAUAUUCACUAUCCAGGCAUGCAUCUGGAGUACAAAGUAUCAAUUAUGUUCAUUCUGUUUUACCCUUUAUCAUUUCAUAACACAUUAUAAGACAUAUCAAUUAAUACUUAAACAUGGUUUACACAUGUCAAGUUCAUAACAUACAUUUAAGCCUUUCCCAACUGCCAUCCUCCCAGGACCCUGAGCCACUAUGGUUUUUCCUUGUGACUAUGUGCAUGUGGCUAUGUAUGUCAGGUCAUAAGCACAAACAAGUGAUAACACUAGUUCUAUUGUUACUCCAAUCUCCACACAGCCACAACGAGAAGUUGUAUCUCCAUCACAUGUCAUUGACACACCCAGACCAGCUGCGGGGAAUUAGAGGGAACCAUCCAUUAUCAGAAGCAGAGCAUUUGCACUAAAUAAAUGUCUCUGCUCUGUUUUAACCCUUUAAUUGGUUCUUAAUCCAUAAGCAUUUAAGGCAUAUAGGCGUUUCAUUCUACAACAUAUGUACUAGAAAAUCAUCCAUACCGGCGGGACUGUCACAAAAUCAUUUUUCUCUCUGUAUUUGCCGUCUUUCACAAAUCUAGAAUUCAACCAAUUCAAAAAUAUUCUUCAUUAAUUUAUAGCUGUAAACAUCAACACCUCAACACAUUUAAUGUGGACAUGCCAAUCUAACCCUCUCUCCUUUGUAAGGUACAUACCAGUUGGGCUGCUGGAACGAGUGCCCCAGAGGAUCAACGAGCGACCACCCUACUACUUGGGCAGGGACUACCUGGAGUCUCUCAUGGCAAGUCAACACGUAGGGGACUGGAUCAAGAUCAGGUGAAGAUCACUGUUGCUUAUCCUAACCUAGGUUCUUAUAGCCGCCAGUGUAUGCUAGUUCUCAUUCGCACUGACCUCUUGAAUCAAUCUCAGUAGUUGAUGUUUCCAAUUAAAAAUAGCAUAGUAGGAGGUUGCAAGAGCAAUGUCUCGUGUCUCAACCCUUGUUCUCGAGGGCUUUAUAUGGUGGCUUUUAGCUUAACCAGCCAAUACGAUAAGGAGCGCGCAUUAAUGCACUGUAAAAAUAUUCCCAUUUGUCAGUUGGUUUGAAUUAGUAUAGACUACCUCUAUACUAAUGUCUGCUGAAUAUCUGUUCAAAUUACACACAACAUGCUGAAUAGUUUAAUGGAAAAGGGUUUUUAAUAAUAGUCUAUGUUCCCCUUCUCCACAGUGAAAUGCUGCUUGGACCUGUACCCAAGAAUUUCAACUUUCUGCCCAAGCAUAAGGCAAAUGCUUACAAAUGAAUUGUGUGUGAAUGCUCAACAAAAUGUUAUGAUGGCAAAGCUUUUUUCAUAAUUUUAUUUCCAUUCAAGUCAGCAGUCCUGAAUAUACCUAUUACAUGAGUAAAAUACGAGUCAUUUCAAAAUGACGUAAAGUUUACAGUUGAAGUCUGAAGUUUACAUACACCUUAGCCA